CCAGCUAUAAAAGUUAGAUGUUGGUUGGCCUGUUCGCUGAACCGCAAUUACUCACUCUCCAUCCGGCCUUCCUAUAUUUUCACUGGAAAAGCCGCCCGCACUAUCAAACUUUCUCUCCACUUUCGCAUCCAUGACGACGUCGUUGGAAUCCAAUACUCAAAAGACUGCAGCGUCAUGGACUUCUCUCCCCUGGAGGACGCGGGUGUCGUUGUACCUUCUCUCAAAAGUAACCGACGCCGCACGCCGCGCGGACGGCACUGUCAAUCGCCGUCUCAUGAACAUACUCGACUUCAAGUCCUCAGCCACUCCUGCCGCUCCCGUCAGAGGCGUCACCUCAUCCGACGUCACUGUGGACCCCGCUCGCAAACUCCGGUUCCGCCUCUUCGUCCCCCAAACGACGUCGCCGACUCCAUCCCAUCUUCCCGUCGUCGUAUUCUUCCACGGCGGCGGAUUCAUCUUCCUCAGCCCCGCCUCAUUCCCGUACGACGUCGUUUGCCGCAAGUUUGCUCGGAAAAUUCCCGCCGUCGUCGUAUCUGUCGAUUACCGCCUCUGCCCCGAACACCGGUACCCCUCCCAAUACGACGACGGGUUCGACGUCCUUACCUUCCUCGAUCAAAACGACGACGUCCUCCCCAAAAAUGCAGACAGAUCUAGAGUCUUCUUCGCCGGGGACAGCGCCGGAGCCAACCUGGCCCACCACGUGGCUGUUCGCGCCGCCCGCGAGAAGGAUCGAUUCCGGGUCGUGAAACCUGUCGGGUUGAUAUCGAUACAGCCAUUUUUCGGGGGAGAAGAGCGGGUUGAGUCUGAGAUCCGGCUCCACGGAGCUCCUCUGGUAUCGGUGGCCCGAACGGACUGGCUGUGGAAAGUGUUUUUGCCAGACGGGUCGGACCGGGACCACGAGGCGGUGAACCCGAGUGGGCCGAACGCGGUGGACAUUGCGGGUCUGGAGUAUCCGAAUACGCUUGUAUUCACAGGGGGAUUGGAUCCGCUACAAGACUGGCAGAGGAGGUACUACCAGUGGCUGAAGAAAUCGGGGAAGGAGGCGAAGCUAAUCGAGUAUCCAAACAUGGUCCACGCGUUUUAUGUGUUUCCUGAAUUACCUGAGUCUAACCAGCUGGUUAACCAAGUCAAAGAUUUCAUUGCUUCUGUUUGAACUCAGUUACUUGUACUUUGUAUCUGAUGACAAUUGGAGGGUGCAAAUGUAGUCAACAUAAAUAAGGGGUAGUUUAGUCAAAACCCAGUCUUGAGAAACCAAAGAGGUGGCAACGAGCAUCUUGCCCCCUUCCAUGUAUACAUGCCAUUUAUCUAUAGCGAUUCUCACUUUUGCUUCAAAAA